CUGAAGCAAAAAGUGCGGUGCCAACUACAUAAGGCGAAGUUUCCAGCGCCCGAGAUCACCAUUUGAAACCCUUGCAGAUUUAUUUGUGAUCCAUCAUGUCCACCAUCAAGGGCGCUGCUGGGAAAGGCAAGAAGACCUUGAAGCCCGGCGCAGAAGACAAGAGAGAAGAUGUCCUUCAAGCUGUGAUCAUCGCCGACUCAUUUCAGACAAGGUUUAUACCUUUCUCUUUGGAGAAGCCACGAUGUCUCUUCCCACUCGCGAACACACCAUUGAUUGAAUACACUCUUGAGUUCCUUGCGAUGAAUGGCGUCCAAGAGGUUUUCAUAUAUGCUGGAGCGCAUCAAGAGCAGAUUGAGAGCUACAUCCGCCAGUCGCGAUGGACACCCAUCUCAAGAUCAUGUCCAUUUGUUGACCUCCAAUUUAUCCGUGUGUCGGAUGCCCGCUCGAUUGGUGACUUCCUCCGCGACCUUGACAAGCGCAGCAUAAUUGGCGGCGACUUCGUGCUCGUACACGGCGACCUUGUGUCGAAUGUGAUGCUGGACGGCGCAUUAGCAGCCCAUCGAGCACGGAAAGAGGCUAAUCGUGAUGCCAUCAUGACUAUGGUGCUGCGAGAGGGUGGGGAGCAUGAACAUCAAACCAAAGUUAACGGCAUUACUCCCAUAUUUGCGCUUGACCCCCGACAAAGGAGAUGUUUGCACUACGAGGAAAUGAACCCGUUCCAGGAAGAUCGUUACACCACCCUCGACGAAGAUGUGCUCAAGAAUCACGAGUUGGAGAUUCGUACCGAUUUGAUCGAUGCGCAAAUCGACAUAUGUACACCCGAUGUCCUGGCGCUAUGGUCAGAGAGUUUCGACUACGAGCUACCCCGAGCAAACUACCUGCAUGGUGUCUUGAAGGACUACGAGUUGAACGGAAAGACAAUCCACACAGAGAUAGUUUCCGAAGGCUAUAGCGCACGAGCAACGAAUUUGCAAAUGUUCGAAGCCAUAAGUCGGGACGUUCUGAGUGGUUGGGCUUAUCCAUUCGUUCCCGACUCCAAUCUUGUGAAGGGACACACAUACAAGUCAUGGGACGACAACGUGUACCGUGAAGAUGGCGUCCAACUGGGAGUAGACUGCGACGUGUCCAGCUCCAUCCUUGGCCGAGAUACCCAGGUUGGUCCCCAAACCACAGUCUCCGACAGUGUGAUUGGGCGUAAUUGUAGAAUUGGCAGCAAUGUUCGAAUAUCGGACAGUUACAUUUGGGACGAUGCCAUAGUCGAAGAUGGUGCAGUCGUUGAACACUCGCUCAUCGCAGAAUACGUCGUUAUCGGGAAAUCGGCCCACAUUCUGCCAGGCAGCUUGCUUGCCUCUGGUGUCCAUGUCAGCGACAACAUCACCAUACGACCAUCUACAGUUCUCUCCAUACUUUCGUCAGAGUCGACGUCAGUACCACACGACACCGAGCUCUUGGGCCCGCAAGGCAAAGGCGCACGGUACAAAGACCCAGACUUCGAUGAUCUGGAUGAGGACGACCCGGUUCGCCUUCAGAAAUCCCUGAUAUACACUCUAGAUGACUACAACUUUGAUGCCUCCACGAUAUCUACCUUCUCCCCCGACUUUGAUGAAGAUACAUUAGCAGAAUUCGAGUCGCACCAAUCUCCCACAACAAAUCAGGAGUCGCGCUCCCGGUUAUCAUCGUUUGCCUCAGACGACUCGGGAAAUGGUGGGUCGGGAUCGUUCCUUUCGGAAGCUGUCCACGGCCUCCUAGAUGCCCUCCGCGGCGAAGGGGGAGACUUUGACUCAGAGAAGCUCGAGUUCAUGUCCCUCCGGCUUGCCAACGAUGCUUCGGACGUUGCUGUGCGCCGCGCGGUAGCUACUGCCUUUGUGCGCCGAGCCGUCGAGCUUUUAAAAGUCGACGGCGAAGGGCUCGAGCCCUCCAAGGCUGCGAAGACGGUUCUUACCGAGCGACCAGGCGCCCAAACAUUUGUCGCUGAGGUCGGUGUGGGGAGCGGCUCCGUAAAGGAACAAAUCGAGUUUGCGCUCGCUGUUCAAAGGGCGUGUGUCAGUAGCGCCAAGGUGAUAGAGGUGGCGCGAGCAGGCAAUUUGCUUGCGGCUCUAUUCCAGCAUAUGUAUCAGGAAGAGAUCCUGGAAGAGGAUGGAAUUCUGGGCUGGUGGAUCGACUCGCGAGCUUCCGAGGGCGAAGGGGCCCAAGGAGAAAACAUGCGCGGCGUUAAGGAAAAGUGCAAGGUCUUGGUGGACUGGCUUGAAGAUGCUGAAGAGGAGGACAGCGAUGAGAGUGAUGAUGAAUAGGCUUCAUUGUGACGCUGGCGCGUUUGGUCAAGUGAUAUGAGAAGUCGCCAUAGAGGCGUACACAGCAUGCUGAGAGUUUCGGCGUUUAGGAGGAACAACGUGCAUGUGUGUGUGGUUUGUUCAGCAACGCCAUCAGUGAUAGGGAUCUUCACUCGAAGCAAAGGUUCCGAUUACACUGCAUCGCCAUCUAGAACAUGGCUUGUGACGUCAGAGUCAAAAGGACAGAUGUAGAUCGCCCUUCUAAACUAUAUCGCAGUCUUCAAACAGCUUCUUCUUGGCACGACCGUAGUACACGAUACCAAAUUGAGCUAUUGACACCAGUCAGGCAAGCAACAACUAUGCUGACCCUUGAUGGCCCCCACGAUAUGCGCUGUUCGCUUCCAUGGCGGCAUGUGAUUGGAGCAAUGAUGAGGAGCCCUCAAGCGUGAAUCCAUCCGUUC